AUGAAUGUUAUAAAUAUUAGAAAUAAUAUGAGCAGACGUAAAAAAAUAAAUGAUGAAGGAAAAUUAUCUAAAAAUUGUCUUACACAAAGAAGGUUUUUAGAGAAAAAAAAGCAGACGAUAUCAAAUUUUGAAACAAGGAUUACUGAAUUAGAAAAGUUAUUAAAUAUCAUAACUAAAAAGAACAAUUCAUUGAUAAAGGAAAAUGAAAUGUUAUCUGAAGAAUAUAGAAAGAAUAAUUCAUUGUUAAUAGAAAAUGUUUUAUUAAAUGAAGAAAUUAAAAUAUUAAAGCAAGAAAAUAUUUUAUUGAAAAAUGAAAUAGAAGAAAAUCAAGUUUGUCCAAGUCUAGAACUUGAAGAAAUUAAUAAUAAUUCUAAAGAUAGUAGAAUUAGUAAUUCUGUAGAUAAUGGAAUUGGGAAUUCUGAAGAUAACAGAAUUAAAAAUCUAAAUAAAGAAAUGAUUAAUCACAUGGAAAUUGAAGGGAGCAUUUUUGAUUUAGAUAAAAGGAAAAUUACUGGAGAUUUAAAAAUUUAUUUUAGAUAA